UGUCCAUCUGCAUCCGAUCCUUGCAGCAUGAACAGAGCAUCCACGGCCACCCACUCAGCCAAUCCUUCAGCAUUCUUGCUCAGACGCUGGCCGAUCGCUGAUCCAUCGACCUUCCCUCACCAGCGCAUACACGCAGUUCUUCGUGUCGAAUCCGCGCCCAUCCACCUCGAGCCGAGCGAGCGCAACACACGAGACGAGAUAAACUGUCACAUUGCUGACUCUUGACCUUCCGCAAGAGGAGCUUCGACCAGCGUCUGUAAGCCUACGCGAGCGUUCCAGCUUGCUUCUACCGCACGAUGAUGGCAUCGGGAGGUAGCAUCACCAGCGUCACUCCGAGCGGCACAGGCGCUCCCACACCUGCGUCCUCAAACGCCGGCGGCACCGCUACGCGCAAAUUGAGCGGCCGAUAUGCGCUGAACGAUUUCUCCAUCGAGAGGACUUUGGGGACGGGAUCGUUCGGAAGAGUGCAUCUUGUCAGAUCCAGGCAUAAUCUGAGGUUCUACGCUGUCAAGGUGCUGCGGAAGGAGCAAGUCGUCCGCAUGAAGCAAGUUGAGCACACAAACAGCGAGCGAGCAGUGUUGGAAGUGGUACGACAUCCCUUCCUGGUCAAUCUGUGGGGCACUUUUGCGGACCCUACCUUCCUCUACAUGGUCAUGGAUUUCGUCCCCGGCGGAGAGCUCUUCACGCUCCUGAGGAAAUCGCAACGGUUCCCCCAUCCAGUGGCCAAAUUCUACGCAGCAGAGGUCGCUCUGGCCAUCGACUAUUUGCACCAAAAUGGUUUCGUGUACAGAGACUUGAAACCGGAAAACAUUCUGCUGAGCGCUGAUGGCCACUUGAAGAUCACCGACUUCGGAUUCGCGAAGUAUGUUCCAGAUGUUACUUGGACCUUGUGCGGUACUCCGGACUACCUCGCACCGGAGAUCGUGUCUUCCAAGGGUUACAACAAGUCGGUCGAUUGGUGGGCACUUGGUGUGCUACUGUUCGAAAUGCUCGCUGGUCACCCGCCAUUCUUCACUGAGGAUGGAAAUCCGAUCAAGCUGUACGAGAAGAUUAUCGCAUGUAAAGUGCGGUACCCGCCGUACUUUGAAGCAGCAGCAAAAGAUCUCCUGAAGAAUCUCCUGACUGCGGACCUCACUAAGAGAUUUGGCAAUUUGCAUCGAGGCGCGCAGGACAUUUUCGGGCACAUGUGGUUUGACGAGGUCGAUUGGGACAGGCUGUAUAGAAGAGAGAUACCCGCUCCUUACUUGCCUACUGUCACGGCCGACGGAGACGCUUCGCAGUUCGAAAGAUAUCCCGAAAACGAUUUGGCAGAAUAUCAAAUGCACGAAGCGCCAGAUGUCUUUGGUCACUUGUUCCCCGAGUUCUGAGGCUUGGCCAGACUCCUGCUCAGCCCACUCAUGCCACACCGAAGUGUUUUGUCCUUCGGUUGCCCCUUCUUGAUGACAUGCUCUUGUUAUAUCAUCGCAUCAUCGCAUUUUGAACGGUCCGUAUCAUCUCGUGAGCUACUGUCUUACCGCCUGCAGUCGAGGCCGACCAGGGCGCACCUCGACAAUAGACAUUCAGAC